ACUGUAUUCUGUAAUUAAUGCGUGUUGUGAUCGUUCUAAUUUAACUUAAAUGUGAGAAUGUGCUUAUUUAUAUGGUGUUUGGUUUAAUUAGAGGAGUGUAGAUCAGACAGUGUCGGAUGUUACAUCAUAACCCUGAAAGUUUUUUCCUGUUUGGUUCUUGUUGGGAGUCUCAGACUGCAGAUCAGAUCAGAUCAGACUAAACUGGUUUAACUGCUGUGUGUAGAACAUUAGAUGAUGGGUUUAAUCAGGUUAGGAAUGAACAGACUGACUUCAGUAGUGAGGUUUAGAGCUGCAGCAGCUCCUCCACUCACCUGCACCCAGUAUAUUCAUAAUAAUAAUAAUAUUAAUAAUAAUACUGCAGGAUCCAGGGGUUUCAGCACAGCUGGGAAUCUCAGAAUGAAUAAUAAAGGAUUAUUGUUCCGACAGUUGUUCGAGUCCUCCAGCAGUACCUACACCUACCUGUUGGCGGAUGCGGAGUCGCGGGAGGCGAUCCUGAUCGACCCGGUGCUGGAGACGGUGGAUCGAGACCUGAAGCUGAUCGAGGAGCUCGGACUCAAACUCAAAAUCGCUGCAAACACACACUGCCAUGCGGAUCAUGUGACCGGCACCGGGCUGCUGAAGAAGCGGUUGUUCGGGGUGAAGAGCGCCAUUUCCAAACACAGCGGGGCGCAGGCGGACAUCCAGCUGUCAGAUGGGGACGCCAUCGAGUUCGGCAAAUACUGUGUGUUUGUAAGAGAGACCCCAGGACACACAGACGGUUGUGUUUCAUACGUGACUAAUGACGAAUCGAUGGUGUUUCCUGGAGACGCUCUGCUCAUCAGAGGCUGCGGCAGAACUGACUUCCAACAAGGUUGUUCACGCAAACUCUACCAGUCCGUCCAUCAGAGGAUCUUCACCCUGCCAGGACACUGUCUGAUCUACCCUGCUCACGAUUAUCAAGGUCAGACCGUAUCCACAGUGGACGAGGAGAAAAAAUUCAACCCUCGAUUAACUAAAUCACUGGAGGAGUUUGUGAAGAUCAUGGACAACCUGAACCUCCCCAAACCUGCUCGAAUAGAUGUGGCGGUUCCAGCGAACCUGGUGUGUGGACUCCACGAGAUCUGAACCUGAGAUCAGACGAGCGUUUCCUCUCUAAUAUAAACAAUAAUGAUAAACUCAAACCUCUUUAUACAAGUGCAUGAUGGGAACAAGAACCUGAUUUGUUAGUAAAAUCACACACACACACACACACACACACACUCGUGCUCAGGUUAUAAUGGGGGGGGGGGGGGGGGUAGGUCGGUGGUUAGGACAGUAGGAUCGCCGGUUGUUUGGAUUCAAUUUUCUGUCAUUUUAUUUGUAUUAUUUUUAUUUGUGUGAUUUUGAGGUUUUAUUCAUUAAACAGGUAAAAAUUGUACAAAUGAAUCGUUUCAUGUCUGACACUUUGAUCUCUUUAUUAUUCUCAUGUGUUUGAUGUCUUUUACGUACAAUAACAAACUCUUUUAUAUGCUCUCCUUUUGAAUUAACCCCGCCCCUUUACCAUCAUCACCUUUUGAUCAUGCCACGCCCCUUUUCAUAAUCUCUUUUUUGAUGAUACCACGCCCCUUGCUCUGGCCCCGCCCCUCAUGACAGUAAUAUUACAGGUUAAUUGGCUGUGGCGUGUUUGUGAUGUUAGUAAAAUAAUAAAUAAUAAUAAUGGGAGCGUUUCUCUUCUGAUUGGAUGAUGAUGAUGAUCAGACUGAGCGCUUCUGUUCUUAUUAACACAAUAAA